AUGGGCGAAACCUACACGAUGACGAUCGACGACGCGAGUUCGAUCAUCAAUUGGCACCCGCAAGGGGAUGGGGGCCUCGGCAACUUGACUGCGGAUGGCUGGCAACCGUUCUACUCCGGCUCUCCUGGGGGAUUCACGACUCGGGGCGGGGAAGCUGCGCUUGGAAACUCGAUGCAUAUAACGGCGUUUCCGAACGCGAGCUUCGACUUUCAGUUCUAUGGCACAUCUAUUUCUCUGUUCGGUAUUGCAAACUGCUCUUACGAAGUUUCCGUGGACGGAAACUCCACCAAGACUUUGACAGCCAAACGCGGCCAGAAUACUCAGUUGUUCUCGCAAGACGGGCUCUCGGAGGGCCUGCACUCGGUCUCCUUGACUGCGAACGCGUCGCGCGCCAACGAGUUCGCCUUCGAGCGCGCGGAUGUGUCGCGGCCGAUCGCCACUGGUGCACAGGUACCCAUCGCCCAUGUAUAUCAAGCCACCAACACAUCGUUCAUCCAAUAUUCUGGCAACUGGACCAUCCUCAACGAUCCCCUCAUCCCCAACCAGCAACAUCCCGCUCCUUACUUCGAGGUCGAGAACGCCCCGGCCUCAUUUUCCUUUUCCUUCCAGGGCGUAGGUGUCGCGAUCAACGGCUCGCGCAUCUGGGGCAGCUAUGCGUACGACGUCACCCUCGACGACCAAGCGGCAGUCACCUACAACGCGAGCACGAUGUGGUUCAUCGGAGACGCGCUCCUGUACUAUCAGGACGGGCUGGAUCCCACCAAGACCCACACCAUCAAUGUUCUGCCUACCGUCGGCGCUGGCCUCAAGUUCUGGCUGAACACAGUCACUGUCUUUACCGAUAAUCCUUCAGAAGUUGGCGGACUUAUCAGGUUUCUGCGUGUCUUAAGUGUUUCCUCUAGUGCGCCCUCCUCGAGCACUCAGCCAUUAGGAGGCACAACAUCCGACGCCCCUUCCUCCGCGGGACACUCAAAGACGAAUACUGGCGCCAUCGCGGGUGGUGUCAUCGGUGGCCUCGCCUUCGUCGCGCUCGUCGCCGGACUCCUCUGGUACUUCGCCCGCCGCAGGCGGCAGAACCCGAAAGUGUUCGACCGCGAACAGCCAUCCCCGUUCCUCGCUACGCCCUCCACCGCCGCCCCCAUGGCGGAGGCGAGCCCGUUUUCCGGGCGCACGGUCUCCGAUCACUCUCUUGCGCAUGGCUCCGCCGCGCAGGCGGCUGCGGUGGUCUCGCCGACGACGACGCACGCCUCGUCCCCGGCGGAGUCGAAUCCCGAUCCCAACGUCGCGGUGGACAGGAUCAUACACCUCCUCGCGGAGCGCAUGGCCACGCGUCCGCCACGGCAGUCGGUGUAUGGCACAGACGUGCCUCCUCCGGAGUAUGGCGCUUGA